AUGGCCGACGAGUUCUACCUCUCGCUCGCAUGCUUUUCGUGCGUCUACUUUAUCAAGCAAACGUUCGCUAUUCCGGGCUCGGUCGUCUUGAACCUCCUCGCGGGCGUCUUGCUGCCGCUCCACGUGACCUUCCCUGUCCGCUUUGUCGCCGAGACCGAAUACCUCUUGCCUAGGAAGUUGGACGUGCUCCAGGCCACGAGCACGCAGGCCCAGGUCGAGAACCGCCUCUUCUUUGUAUUGCUUUUCCUGCGCACCUUUCCCUUCUCGCCGAAUUGGCUCCUCAACAUUGCCAGUCCGUACUUGUGCAUUCCGAUGCACCUCUUUGCUCCUGCAUCGUUUCUCGGGCCCAUGCCAUACAACUUUGUCACGGUCAAGGCGGGCUCGAUGCUGGUGCAGCUCACGAGCGUGCGCGAUAUUCUCGACACGCAGACGCUCCUUGGGUUCCUCGCGCUGACGUCGGCAAUGCUGAUUCCAGCGAUGGUCAAGAAGCGCGCUGGCGCCAAGAAAAACAACCGAUAA